UUCAAAUAGAAACACAAAAUUGGAAACAUGGAAUCGAGAAUCGAACGUGUUCAAACUUUAGCUCAACUCAAAUUAGGUCGAGGGCUUUUGUACACAUCCUUAUGAUCUAUUUAUGUAUAUAUACUCUCACAGAAACAAGUUCCAGGCAUGCACACAAGCACAUGUACGAAUCAACAGAUGCAGAGAGUUUAAAAUCUUGGUUUGAUUUGAAGAACCAAAUUUAUUAGAGAGAAUAUGGCAGAACCAGAGAAAGAAAAAAAGAGCGAGAUCGAUACGCUGGAAGAGUGUGAAGAGGAAGAAAAUGCUGUUGUUGGUGCAUUGAGUGAUUCACACAUGCCAAAUACAUCUCUAGCUGAGCUGAACAUGUUGCUUGUGUUGCUCUCGUUAUUCUACUUCUCAAGCGAUGAGUGUAUAGAACACGAGGAGAGUAAAGAGAAGAUAAAGGAUGAGGUUACUGUAAUUAGAAAAUGCACAUCACGAUUGCAAAGAAAGAAACGAGGGAGACACGACCCUAAGCUUGGGAGAAAACCAAUUUCAGCUAGAUUUCAAACUACAGUAAAAGACUCCAGGCAUGGAAGAAAAAUGUGAAGUAAAAUUUUUCUGUUGUGGAGGAAUACACAUAUCAACAUAUGUAGAGCUUAUGGCAAGAUUUUGGAAAUGGGUUUUGUUUGCAUCAAGGUACAUAUGAAUACCAUUUUAGAAGCUGUAGAUAAUUGAAGUAAGAAUGAUGGUGGACUACACCAGUUAACAUUCUUGACGCAAUUCAUGUAUAUACUAUAUGAAACAGUGUUAGUUGGGAUUUGAAUACCGAUCGGUAGGGAUGUUUAAAACCCAACCUAAUUUAAAAUUGAAGAAAUGUUUAGGAUUGAAAAUUAAAUAUAUUAAUACAUGAAUUGCUUAGAUUGA